CAUAGGCGGCGUUUACAUGCGAUGCGCAAGGGCGCCGCCGCUGCUAAGCGAUUGCAGCUGCAGCAGCUACGGCAGCAACAACAACUGUUGCUAUCAACGGAUGCCGCCUCGUCAUCGGCAUCCUCUCGCUUGGCCGCGGCACUGAUUUCCUCGGCUGUGGCUCUCAGUGCUGUUUCGACUUCAGCCACGGCUUGCACGGCGAGCAUUGUAAAUAAUCAUCAUCAAAGCCAUACACCACAGCAGCAGCAACCACAACAACAGCAGCAGCAGCAGCAACAACAGCAACACACUACAGCACGCUCACACUAUCAGCAACAAGCACAUUCACAUCAACACUCUCACAGACAUCAUCAUCACCAUCACCAUCAUCAUCAUCAUCACCAUCAUCACCAGCAGCCAAAUCAUUCGCACAACCAUCAUCAAUGUCGCACGAAACGCAAACUGCAAAAAUUGUAUUAUACGCUUUGCCGUUAGACUUGUACACCUAAUUAUAAACUAUCUAUACACAUAUACAUUUUAUGCAACUACUUUUUGGCUUAAGUGUAGCCUAAGUUAUCCUCAACUCAAUUUUCUCUCUUUUUAUACCAAUUAUGUAAAGCUAAGGUCGCGUCAAUUGUUGUGCUGAAA